AGAGUUAUUUAGAUAUAGAUACUGCUUGAUUUGAUUCAAGGCCGAUGGAUUCGGAUGCGAAAGUUCUCUCGGAUCUUGAGACUCAGUUAGAUAAUAUAUUUAUGGUGCUUUCUUCGACGAGUUUGCAUGAUUCCGAUAUCUCAGAAUCACAACAUGGCCUAAAUGAUAAACAUAUGGCAUCGCUGCUAGACGCUUGCCGACAAAUGGACUCAUGGUUUAUUAAGAAGCGCCUCGCACUAUCAACAUACUGUCAGGAAUAUGCUUUGAAAGAGGAGAUUGAUGCCUUGAAUGCUGAGUGCAUAAGAAAAGAGAAGCUCGCUCAGGAAUUAAAAGGAAGAAUAGAGGACUACUCAAAGUCUAUUCAAGUUAUUAUAGAUCAGUUCUCCAAAGAUCUGCCAUAUUUUGCAUAAUGGACCUAAAUGUUGCUCUUUGGGUUGCUGUGCCCAUUUACUGAGAUGCUACUUUUUACUUGUAUGAUUUCAAUACAUAUAUUCAAAGUAUAGCGUUAUUCAGUGGGUGUUCGUGGUAUUUUCAAGGUAUCAAAGCAUCACAUGAACUGAUUAUGUUUCAAAGUUUCGUCUUCAGAAUGAACUGUUGUAUUUGUCACUGAUUUAUACGUUUUCCGCCGACUAGGUUUUUAGUUUGAGCGCUGUUCUUGUGUAAGAUAAUGCCACGCUUCCGUACCCUGUCCUUCCGUAGGUACUGUGAGCAUCCAAGAAAUUUAAAUAGAAUUUCUAGACAAGUCUAGCUGUUUUGUCUACAUUUUCAGUUAAUAUCGUCACUUCAUUCUAUUUGCGUAUGGGCUGUGGUACUGCACGGGUGCCCAGAUCGAAGCAGGUGGUUUCCCUAGGAGGCCACACCCCGAGCAUUUGACCUAAAGGUCUUACCCACUGGGCGCUGGAGCAUCGUGAGGAGUUGUAGUUCCAUGGUAGCCGGUGACCAUUUGACCCGUCAGGAUACUGGAGCCUAUAUGCUCCAUUGGUUUGGAAUCAAGGUUUCCCAACUCCCCUAGGUGGACUCUCCAUGUACACCAACCCGGUUAAAGCGCCGUACGUUCGCUUUUCAUCCUCUCAAUAUCGCAAACAACGUUUCCGUCACGAAAAGGCAGUGAGUAGAACUUCCCUGGCAGUGGCUUUAUACGCGUGGCCACUCUUGGCCAUACCAGGGCAUUUGGGGGGGGGGCUAGAGACGUUAUCAGAUAUAUCUCAGAAUAGACGCCAGUGGCGAUCCUGCUGUAAACUUACUUUACUUUCUUCAUAAAAAAUGGUUGUAACUUACCUAACUGAAAGAAUUCUUCUGGUUGUACCUUUCCGUUUUCCCCACCAUUAUUAUUAUUAUUAUCUUUACACUACCAUACACUAAUCUGUGGUCGUUAUUGUUCUUUUUUUCCUUAUACGCACCUUACAUUCUUUUUCUCUCCCCAUUCUCAUUGUUUUGUGUGGCGCAUAUACAUCUGGGGCCCCCUUGUACCAAUAUUUGUGUUCAAAUAAAAUAAUCCAUCUACAUUAUGUCCCCAUAUAGACCAUCAAAAGAUUUCGCUCCUGCAGUUUAGUGUGUAAAUAAUGUGUUGACAUCAAAUAUUACAUUAACAUCAUAGUAGAUAUGCUUCUAAAUGUCAUUUUGGUUUCUCUGUUGCUCGCAUCAGUCAGUCAGCUACAACGUAGGACCAGGCACAUUUAUGCAUCGGUCCAAGUUGCCAUACCUCAUUAACACAACAAAUGGACACCGGAUUCAUAAAAGUAGUUAAUUCAGAGGUGGUAGUAUAUAAAAGAAAGAUUGCAAUAAGGAUGUAGUACAGCAAGAAAUAAUUAGUUCGUAGAAAGAAAGAUAUGAAGCGAUUUUAAUCUCUUAGUUUAAGGGAAGAUAGAGAAUGUAUACACCGACGCCAUUGUGAUCGAUUCUCAGCCAUGUCACCAAGAGUCUCCAACCAUUGGUUACGAUAGUCAC